AUGCCAGGGAGAAAAACUCACUGGAGAGUGUACACCUCCGGACGCACGUUCAUCAAAACGACAAAUUUAAAACCGAUACGAGAAGCAUGCGACAAGGUUGUUAAUAUGCUCAGCGAUAAGUACAAGUAUGACAUGAAAUUGAAUGGUGAAGCUACGCAAACACUUUCAAUAAUAUCAAAUUUGAAUCGCUACGUAUGCAUCUAAGCAAAGGCGAUCAAUAUAUGUUAAGGAAUGAAAUCGACCCAGCGUUUUCCAAAGUUGACGUAUGCACGGACGAUGGGGAGACCGAGGAAGCCACAUUGUAAUUAAGGGUCCCCCCUCAGAAAUGACGAUUCUCGGAUUUUGAGAUAAGCACAUACAAAGAUAGCCUGAAGUGUCUACUUUCAGAAUACAUAUGAUUUGAUACCAUAUUAAUGGCUUUUGAGAGGGUUUUCAGAGGUUUUCUAGAGACCUCCUGUAGAAAAACUUACUAUUUUAUUUCGAACUGACGUACUGAUGCUAUGAAAGUGAUUUUUGUACAAAACGAAUACCUAAUGAUGCUGAGUACAAUGCAUGGGU